AUGGAGGCGCCCCAGCUCACCACGGUCGGAGAGAAGACCUUGCCGGCAAAAUGUAAAUACAGCGCCCUGGCGUACUGUCCCUCGAUGGACCUAAUCGCCCUCGCGACAGAGGAUGAUGAGCUGCGCGUCUUUCGCCUCAAUGGACAGAAUGUGUUUGGGGGCUCCUUUGGUGGCGAUCCCUACCUGGGCGAGGACGAAGAGGAUGGCGAGAUCAGAGCUCUCGCGUGGAAGGGCAAUGGCCAUUUCUUGGCUGUCGCGUGCGGUGAUGGCUCAAUUCGCAUUAUCAGCGCGUAUAGUGGUAAGACUGUUCACCACUACACCGCGUACGAGGGGCCCAAAGACGACAUCUCUACUUCUGGGCAGAAGUCUCCCAAGGUGACCUGUCUGGGCUGGGGUGUCAACUUCACAGAUAGCAAAGCCGCGCAGAGAAAUCUACUCGAGUCUGCGGGCCAGAUCUCCAUCGAGGACCUCUUGACACCUAGUGUCCAUUCAUCAAAAGCAGUCGCCCUACUCAAGGCGGACUUACCCAGGGAACUGUCCAUGCUAGACAUUGAAAGCUCUCUUCCUAAGCUGAGUACUCUCCCCGCCACUGGGGCUGAAGACGACCUGUUUAGCUCGCGGGCUUCAAUCGACGCCAUCUUCCACUCUUCUGCCAAGGAUACCGGCGACUCCGUGGAUGUCCUGUUCGUCGGAUUCGACGAUGGAAGCGUUCACCUACGCAUCUUCGAUUGUUUCGAGAUCGGCUCACUCCCCGUUGGCGAGUCCACUGGACAAGCCAAAUCGUGCCAGAUCUUUCGUCAUGCUUCGCACCCGCUAAGCUCAACACAUGCCUUGCUAGCAUCGCCCGACGCGGGCCAAGAUCAAGGCCCUCUGACCCUUGUCACUCUAGACCUGCGCUUCAUCACCAAGUCGGGCCGAUAUCUGUCUCUUCUCGCGUCGAAGACUACGCAGCUGCAGAAUCUGCUUCGGUAUAUCGGACAGGUUCAGCGGCAGAUUGAGCUUGAGUGGAAGAAUGCACAGGAGUUGCCCUUCCGAUUCCUUCGCAGUGUCAAUAUGGACCUGGAGGAGAAGUGCCAGUGUGACUUUACUACCGCUAUUUAUCAUUUGGUCGCUACGGGACAUGCUUUCGGGCCUAUGAAAGAGUUUCUCGUUGACAUUGUUGGAGAAAGAGGACACAAGCGAUGGGACAAAGCCGUCGCAGGUGGCUAUGAGAACAUCCGACGAUUGACUCACGAAAACCUCCUUCCAGCGCUGGAGCGCAGCCAAGUACUCAUCAGUCGACUAGUCGGAUUGUCCAAGUUCCACAAAUUCAGUGACGUUCUCGGUCUGGACACCCCGAAGCUAAAUGGAAUCGUCGAGACGCUCGACUGUCUACAAUUACUAGCCCACCGUAUUCUCAUCCACACGAACGAGGAGUUGGACCAGUUCACUGCGUUCUCUAGAUGGCUCCGUCACGAAAUCCUGAUCCUCGGAAGUGAGCCUUUGUCCCAGACUGAGGAAGAACUCCUCGAGAAAAGGGAUAUAUUCGAUGUUCCUCCCACAACCAAGUACAUCACCGGUGCACUGCAGAAGAGCGUGCUUCGCAACUUCAUCCGCCAACUGCCUAUGCUGGGAAUGCCGCCUAUCCCACAACCUCCUGCGGAUAAGUGGCUUCCUGAUGGCCAUGACCGGUCGUUCUAUGACAAUUUCAAGUCGUUGCUUCAGCAGCAGCGUCAGGUUCAGGAUAAGGGUGGUGAUGGCACUUCGGUGGAUGUUCCUAAACUUAAUGACCUGACGAAGCGACUGGGAAUCCAGUUCGAGAAGGUGUUUGCGGAAAUUGCGCUGACCCAGCGUAGAGGUAUUUUGCACCGGUCUCCCCUUACGCUUCAUAUGGAUUGUGAUCAGGGUGUUCUUGAUCUGAAGAUGUGUUACGAGGAUGCCGAGGAGGAGAAGCCCUGCUCCGUUUAUGUCGCUGCAAGAUCAGCCAGCUCAAAGUCAUCGUUCUACAUCUACCGUACGGUUCUCGAUUCGGUAAACGGCGUCAGCUCGACAAGGGCUACAUCCAUCGCAUCCAUCACCCUGAAAGAAGGAGAGAUUCGCCAAUUACAAUUCGUCCAAGAUGAUACCCUGAUGGUCUUGUGGACAGAUGGCAAAGGAUCAUCCUACCUACUGAACUUCCCCUUCCAGCCUGCCUCGGCGCAACAGACACUCGAGAAAGCUAGCGCACCAGCACUGGUGCCCGAGUACACAAAUUGCGAGACCAAACCUACCAACCCGAAACCAUCAGCCCCGGCAACAUCGCUGGAUGUUUCAUCAUUGAUCGAGACCGGCGUGAUUCGACACGCAUUUACAGUGUCUGGGUCCAAGACUAAGCCCGUGCACCUAGAUGUAAAUGGACGCAAAAGUCGGCGGGCGGUAUGUGUGCUGUAUGGGGAUGGUAUGCGCUAUGACGUUUUGGAUCUGGACGCGGCUAUGGAGAAUGAAGAGGAGGAUGAAGAGGAGGAUGAAGAGGGGGAUGAAGAGGAAGAAGAAGAGGUUUAG